AUGAUCGAACCGGAGUCAGUCUUUGCUUAUCAAACCAACCCAACCACCGGCGACUACGAAGCACUGGUUAGUUGGAAAGGCUUACCUGAAGAGGACGCUACAUGGGAGUCAGUUAGAGAGAUCUACAAGCAGUUCCCUAUGUUCCACCUUAAGGACAAGGUGGUUGUUGGGAGGGGGGGAGUGAGGGGUAAUGUUAGACCCCCAAUCCUGAAGACCUAUAGUAGGAAGGAUAGAGGGAAAGGCAAAAUGGAUCCAGAAGAGUGGCCCAUUAUAGAGCCACUUCCUUCAUAUGGAAGAGGGAGAGAGAGAUUGGGGGGAAGACACAUCAGCCUUAUUCAUGCCAAUGCUCUCUCCAAUGUUGUCAUUACAGGAGAUAAUGGAACCAUUGAUGGCCAAGGAAAGAUGUGGUGGGAGUUGUGGUGGAACAGGACAUUGAAUCACACAAGAGGCCACCUUCUAGAGCUCAUGUACUCUCACAACAUUCUCAUCUCCAAUCUCACCUUCAAAAACUCUCCCUUUUGGACCGUCCAUCCCGUCUACUGCAGCAACGUCGUUAUUAGAGACAUGACAAUCUUGGCUCCCCUGAAUGCCCCGAACACGGACGGUAUUGACCCAGAUUCAAGUACCAAUAUCUGUAUUGAGGACUGUUACAUUGAGAGCGGAGACGAUCUAGUGGCAGUGAAGAGUGGAUGGGAUCAGUAUGGAAUCAACAUGGCGCAGCCGAGCUCGAACAUCGUUAUAAGGAGAGUUUCUGGCACAACCCCGACAUGUUCUGGUGUCGGAAUAGGAAGCGAGAUGUCGGGUGGAAUUUCGAACAUUACGAUCGAGGAUUUAAACGUUUGGGAUUCGGCUGCUGGCAUUCGCAUCAAAUCCGACCAGGGUAGAGGAGGAUACAUUGCAAAUGUUAGUAUAAGUAACUUUGUAAUGAAUAGAGUGAAGGUACCAAUAAGAUUCAGCAGGGGAUCGAACGACCACCCCGACGACAAAUGGGAUCCGAAGGCAGUUCCGAGAGUGAAGGGUGUUUUCAUUAGCAAUGUCGUGAGUUUAAAUUCGACAAAGGCUCCCGUUCUAGAUGGCAUCAAGGGCGCAUCGUUCGACGGGAUAUGCAUGAAAAAUGUCACCAUUCUCGGCCUCGCUCCCUCUGUGAAAUGGCACUGUGCAUUCGUGUCGGGUUUUAGCACCGCAGUCUUUCCUACGCCAUGUCUUCAGUUGCAGAACGACACCUUCUCGUCGUUGUGCUCGUAAUCGCAGACGCAAUUUUGCUAACUUUUGAGCAUCACACGAAACCAAGCCGUGCUCGGAGUAUUUCAGUUUUCAAAAUUCGAUAUAUAUUAUGGCGAUCGAGUGACCGAGCAAGCGCUGCUGGCCAGAGAUGAGCUGAUACUAAUGAAACUGCAAAUUCAGUAUGUUGCUUGGUUUGCUCCUCAGAGGUUCUAGUGAUCUGUGUUAAGUUUUUAUAGUAAAAAAGUGAUCUUUAACAAAUCACACGUGAGAUUUUACUGACUGACCCACAAUAGGAUCUGUUGUACAAAGUGAGGGAUGUAACAUUUAGAAAUAAGAAGUUAGUGCCUUUUGGUAA